AUGAGUGCUGGCUGCAAAUGGCAGUGGCUUUUUGUCUCCAUUACAUUGGCAUUUGUUUCUAUCUCCUCAACUACCGCCAUUUCUCUCUAUUUUUGGAGGAGAAAAUCGAAGUCGAUUUUAGGGGAUGAGAAAUCAAGCAAGAAAAUUGAGGAACUUGAAGCCUCCUUAAAGAGUGCCUUGCAAAAAUGUGCUGCGGAAAGAAAAGGUCGAAUUAGGGCUCAACAGGCUUUGAGGGAAUCACUGAGAAAGCCCGAUAGUGAUAAGGUUGAAUCAUGUUCAUAUCCCAUGGCACCUAUUGCUGUCGUUCGCUCAUGUUUUUCGACACGGAAUGGAACUCCAAGACAGCCUUUGCUUGUACCCUUAGCAAAAGCAUCCUUGUUUUUUGAUUCUGCUCGUGUCCCUCAAGCAUCUCUUGAAGGCCUAGAAGAGUAUUCACACUGCUGGAUUCUAUAUGUUUUCCAUUUGAAUACGGAUCUUGAAAAGUUAUGGAAACACCCAUCACAAUCUAAAUUUAAGGCAAAGGUAAGGGUACCAAGACUCAAAGGUGAAAGAGUUGGAGUCUUUGCUACAAGAUCUCCUCAUCGUCUGUGCCCCAUUGGAUUGACUGUAGCUAAGAUUGAGGCAGUACAUGGGCAUACGGUCUUACUCUCUGGUGUGGAUCUGGUUGAUGGAACUCCUGUUCUGGACAUCAAACCUUAUUUGCCGUACUGUGACAACAUUCAAAGAGCGAUGGUACCUGACUGGGUGAAGGUGGACAAUAUGUUGGCUGUAGCUUCUGUCGACUUCUCUGAAAGCUUUUUUUCCAGCAUAGUUGAUUGUUGGCCAUUGUUGGAUAAGAAGUCACUUUAUGCUUCACCCCAUGAAUUCCAGUGCUUGAUAAGGCAGGUGCUCUCAUGGGACAUACGGUCUGUGUCCCAAAGAACCCGUCCUCAUCAGCCCACAGCAAAAGCUGAAGCCGAAACUAUGAGCUAUGCUGAUGAUGAUGAUACUGAGAAGAUAGUAAAUCGGUUGGAUAACAAUUCCCAAGAAGAUAAAGCUUCGGAAAAUAGAGUAGGUGAGCUUGUUCUCUCUCCAACGAGCGAUGAUGUUGUUUAUCACCUUAUAUUGGAAGGCCUCAAUGUUUCGUACAGAAUUGAUUCCACUUCCAAUGUUCUUGUCGAGAAAGUUAGUAUUGCUUGA